AUGGAUCUUGGAGAUUUCGAAAAUUACCUGAAGGCUAAAAUAAAGAUUAACAACAAACUUGUCAACUUCAGUGGCAAGAACGGACAGCACUAUGUAACAUUGUUUAAGGAAAAGGGAACGAAACUAGUUUUAUCAGCUGAAAUGCCUUUCUCUAAAAGGUAUCUCAAAUAUUUGACCAAAAAAUAUUUGAAAAAGAACAACCUCAGAGAUUGGUUGAGAGUAGUAGCAUCAGGAAAAGAUAGUUAUGAGUUAAGAUACUUCCAGAUCAACGACCAAGAUGAGAAUGAGGAAGAAGAUAAUGAAUAA